UUCCUUCCAACCUCAGUGGCCAUGCCUCUUCCACCUCCUUCUUCCUCCUGGGUCUUCCCGGACUAGAGAGCGUCCAGGCCUGGCUGUCCAUUCCCUUCUGCCUCAUCUACACCGUGGCUCUCUUGGGCAAUGCCACACUGCUCUGGGUCAUCUGGACAGAAUCCAGCCUGCACCAGCCCAUGUACCUCUUCCUCUCCAUCCUGGCACUGACCGACAUGGCCAUGCCCACCUGUAUCCUUCCCAAGAUGCUUGGCAUCUUCUGGACCAGUGCCCAAGAGAUCACCUUUGCUGCCUGCCUGGUGCAGAUGUUCGUGGUCCACGCCCUCUGUGUUGUGGAAUCUGGGACACUCACCGCCAUGGCAUAUGACCGAUAUGUGGCCAUCUGCUACCCACUCAGCUACACAACCCUGCUGACAACAAAGACUGUGGUCAGGCUCGGAGCAGCCAUCCUUAUCCGAGCCUUUGUAAGCAUCUUGCCCGUUCCUCUUCUUGUGCGGAGGCUGCCAUUUUGUCACUCCCGACACAUUUCUCAUACUUAUUGCGAGCAUAUGGCUCUAGUAAAACUAGCAUGUGGGAACACUACUCCCAACAAUUUUUAUGGGCUGAUUCUGUCCCUUCUCAUUGUUGGUGGAGACCUGACCUUUAUCUUCAUCUCCUAUGGGCUGAUCUUACAAGCUGUAUUCCAUCUGCCUUCAGUGGAGGCUCGUCACAAAGCCCUGGGCACUUGUGGGGCCCACGUAGGUGUCAUCUUCAUUUUCUACACACCUGGCCUCUUCUCCUUCCUCACCCAUCGCUUUGGGCAUAGCAUCCCCCACAGUGUCCACAUCUUCCUGGCCAACUUUUACUUGCUAGUCCCUUCCAUGCUCAACCCUAUUGUCUAUGGCAUCAAAACAAAGGAGAUCCGUGGGCGGGUGCUGAUGGCUAUGGGCUUGGGAAAUAGCAAACUGUAG